GUAGGAAACGUUCGCAUUCCUCGUUAAUCCUUCUUUGAUUGCUCGUGAUUAAUUGUGCGAAGUGCAUUGGUGUUGUAUUGUUGAGCGAAGCUCAUAUUGAAGCCAGUGGGUCGAUCCGGAGCCUUGGAGACGACCAUCAUAUCGAGGAUUUUGGAGGACGGAAGGGUUUUUUGUCGGUUGAACAGGAGGUAGCAUUUUUGAAGAUUAUCAUCCCUGCGAAGCAACUUGAAGUUCUUGCGAAAAGGCAUUGAACGGAAUCAUAAUUGGUCGAAGAGGUACUGAGACCGCGGAGCAUCGGUGGAAGCUGGAACCUUGUCGAUCGUGAUAGCCGCGUAUAUUUACAGCUAUGAUUAUGGAUCCACCUCCGACGCCCAAAGUUGUCGGACUGGAAUUUGUUCGCCAGUAUUACACGGUAUUGAAUAAAGCCCCUGCGCAUCUGCAUAGAUUUUACAACAACGAUUCAAGUUUCGUGCAUGGAGGUCCUGAUACAGCCACGCGAGAGGAGCCUGCCGUUUUUGGUCAAGUUGAGAUCCAUCGGAAGAUCGUCGAACUGGAUUUCCGCGAUUGUCAUGCGAAGAUACGGCAAGUAGAUUCGCACGCGACGUUGGGAAGUGGUGUCGUGAUCCAGGACGAAGUAUUCUCUGACGAUGACCCUACGGAAGACGGCAUAAUGGAUGAUGAUGAAGAAGGUACCUUUUCGGAUACGAUGCCUAUGCAAAGAAACGUUCCAAAUGCAGUUUCCAAUAUGAACGGUGUUCAAGGACCUGAGGAACCUAUUGUUACACCCGUUUCUGCUCCAGCGACUCACUUGAGUGUUGAAAGCACCGUUGUCCAAAGUUAUCCCGAGGAACCUGUGAACGUUGGAGCAUCCGUGGAGAUCGCCCCUCAAACUGACUUGGACACGUCAUCGACAGGAUAUGUCAAGGAAGAUGCGAUUGACACAAGUGUUAGUGAGGAGAUCGACAUGGACCAGAAGAAUGACGAUGAAGUGAUGCCGAAUGCUUCUGAAGAAAAGGAGAAUAAGGCCGUAGUUCACAGCCCUGAACCUCGAACUGUCAAAACUUUCGCUACACUUUUCAAGACUACGUCAUUGCCCCCUACCCCGAUUUCCACAAUAUCCAUGACAGCACCUCCAAAUCCUCGCGUGGAUGAAACGUGUUCAUCGGGUUCAACUUCGAAUCAUGCUGGUAGUACGAGUCCGCCGAAUAACAAUGUCAUUCUGAACGGUUCUCAAGAGAAUAGUCGGUACCCGAAGAAUCCUAGCACUCGUGGAAGCUACAACGGUACGCGAACUUCGACCGUUUUGCGAGAACGUACUCGUUUAGUAGAUGACGCUGGCCCCAUGAAAGUGGACGAUCGACGACGGUCAGGAGCGAUAUACAGCGAUUCCCAGCAGAUUUUUGUUGGGAAUAUUCCACAGUCGGUUACAGAUCAGGACUUGAGGGAAUGUUUUUCGAAGUACGGUAAAGUUUUGGAAGUUAGACUUCUGCCGCCAACAGGAGGACCCAACCGCUCAUGGACUGGAGAUCGGCCAUAUCCAAGCUUUGGAUUCGUCGUGUUCGAUUGUCCCGAAACUGUUCAAGACCUCCUUCUGAAAGCGGCCAAGGAUCCUAUCACAUACCAUGAUCAUAGAUUGAAUGUCGAGGAGAAGAAAGCGAGGUCUUACAGUCUUCGUAGCUCGGUGGUUAGUUCUUCGGAUGGUCAUGGAGGGCGAUACUCGGACAGCGGACGUGGACGCGGUGGAAGAGGCGGCCUGGGUGUGGAGCGCGGGCGUGGAUCACAUCGUGGAGGUUUCCGUGGAUCUGGACAGCCUCGAAAUCCGCCGAGCAAUGCUGGUUCUGGGUCGGGUACUCCUGGUAGCUCAUAUCGCCGCUGA